AUGGCAACAGCUCUAAACGCCGUCUACCGCCUUGCCGUCCCCGCGGCCGUAGGUGUCGGACUCUUACAAGCCUCUCUAUACGACGUUAAAGGUGGAUCUCGCGCCGUAAUUUUCGACCGAAUGAGUGGUGUGAAAGAAACCGUUGUAAACGAGGGGACGCACCUUUUAAUCCCCUGGUUACAAAAGGCGAUUAUCUACGAUGUUAGAACGAAGCCUCGGAAUAUCAGUACUACGACUGGAAGUAAAGAUUUACAGAUGGUUAGUUUGACGUUGAGGGUUUUGCAUAGACCGGAGGUUGCUAGGUUGCCGAAGAUUUACCAGUCAUUGGGUCUGGACUACGACGAAAGAGUCCUCCCGUCCAUUGGAAACGAAGUCCUAAAAGCGAUCGUAGCCCGCUUCGACGCCGCAGAGCUGAUCACCCAACGAGAACAAGUUUCCAACCUCAUCCGUGCCGAAUUGCUCAAACGUGCGAAUGAGUUUAAUAUCGCCUUGGAGGACGUCAGUAUCACACACAUGACCUUCGGGAAGGAAUUCACAAAGGCUGUAGAACAGAAACAGAUCGCCCAGCAGGAUGCUGAGAGGGCUAGGUUUAUUGUCGAGAAGGCUGAACAGGAGAGGCAGGCAUCCGUCAUCCGUGCCGAGGGAGAAGCAGAAUCUGCCGAGACAAUCUCCAGAGCGAUCGAAAAGAGUGGCGACGGAGUCAUUCAAAUCCGAAAGAUCGAUGCUGCCAAAGACAUCGCACAAAUGCUUGCCAGCAACCCCAACGUCACUUAUCUCCCCGGCGGCGACAAUGGAAAAGGUGGAAACUACUUGCUCGGAUUACGGUGA